CAGGGCGGGGGCGGGGACGCGGGUGCCUGCGCGGUUCCGGGUGUUCCCGCCGCGGCACUGCCCACGGCGCACUUGACGCGAGUCCGGCUGUCGCGAAGGGCGGGUCUGAGGAGAAUCCUUGACUCCUUCGGCGUCCGCCAGCUCUCUCCCUGUUUGCGAUUCCGGAGCCACAGCCCGAGCCGGAGCCCGAGCCCGCGGAGGCGCCACCUCGCGCGCCCCCCGGCCAUGGCUUUCGCCAAUUUCCGCCGCAUCCUGCGCCUAUCCACCUUCGAGAAGAGAAAGUCCCGCGAAUAUGAGCACGUCCGCCGGGACCUGGACCCCAACGAGGUUUGGGAGAUCGUGGGCGAGCUGGGCGACGGCGCCUUCGGCAAGGUUUACAAGGCCAAGAAUAAGGAGACCGGGGCCUUGGCUGCGGCCAAAGUCAUCGAGACCAAGAGUGAGGAGGAGCUGGAGGACUACAUUGUGGAGAUUGAGAUUCUGGCCACCUGCGACCACCCCUACAUCGUGAAGCUCCUGGGAGCCUAUUACUACGACGGGAAGCUAUGGAUCAUGAUCGAGUUCUGUCCCGGGGGAGCCGUGGACGCCAUCAUGCUGGAGCUGGACAGACCCCUCACCGAGCCCCAGAUCCAGGUCGUGUGCCGCCAAAUGCUGGAAGCCCUCAACUUCCUGCAUAGCAAGAGGAUUAUCCACCGUGACCUGAAGGCUGGCAACGUGCUCAUGACCCUGGAGGGGGAUAUCAGGCUAGCUGACUUUGGCGUGUCUGCCAAGAAUCUGAAGACUCUGCAGAAGCGAGAUUCCUUCAUCGGGACGCCUUACUGGAUGGCCCCCGAAGUGGUGCUUUGUGAGACCAUGAAGGACACCCCGUACGACUACAAAGCCGACAUUUGGUCACUUGGCAUCACACUGAUUGAAAUGGCUCAGAUCGAGCCCCCACACCAUGAACUCAACCCCAUGCGGGUCCUGCUCAAGAUCGCCAAGUCAGACCCUCCCACGCUGCUCACGCCCUCUAAGUGGUCCGUGGAGUUCCGGGACUUCCUGAAAGUGGCCCUAGACAAGAACCCAGAGACACGGCCCAGUGCAGCGCAGCUGCUGGAGCACCCCUUCGUCAGCAGCGUCACCAGCAACAAGGCUCUGCGAGAGCUGGUGGCCGAAGCCAAAGCCGAGGUCAUGGAGGAGAUUGAAGACGGCCGUGAGGAGGCAGAAGAGGAUGAUGCUGGGGACGCCGCCUCUACCCUGGGGAACCACACUCAGGAUUCUGCUGAACUGAAUCGCUUGAGCCUCCAUGCCGACCAGGUCACCCAGGCAUCAUCCUCCACCCCACAGCCCUCUGAGGACAAACCUGUCCAAGCCACCAGCACUCCAGGGGCUGCCCCCGCCACAGAGAAUGGCUUGGUCGUGCCUGUGCCCCUGCGGAAGUCACGGCCGGUUUCGAUGGAUGCAAGAAUUCAGGUGGCCGGGGACAAGCAUGUCACCGAUCAGGAUGGGGACCUCAGCCCAGAUGCCAAUAGGUCCCAAAAAGCAAACCAGAGCCGGCCCAACAGCAGUGCCCUGGAGACCUUGGGUGGGGAGAAAUUGGCCAAUGGCAGCCUGGAGCUCCCUGCCCAAGCUGUUCCAGGGGCUUCCAAGCGGGACUCGGACUGUGGGAGCCUCUCCACCUCUGACAGCACAGACUACAGCACCUCCCUGUCUGCGGACCUGGCCCUGAACAAGGAGACAGGCUCCCUGUCCAUCAAGGACUCCCGGCUGCACAAUAAAACCCUGAAGCGAACACGCAGGUUUGUGGUGGAUGGCGUGGAGGUGAGCAUCACCACGUCCAAGAUCAUCAGUGAGGAUGAGAAGAAGGACGAGGAGAUGAGAUUUCUCAGGCGCCAGGAACUCCGAGAGCUGCGGUUGCUGCAGAAGGAAGAGCACAGAAACCAGACGCAGCUGAGCAGCAAGCAUGAGCUGCAGCUGGAGCAGAUGCACAAGCGCUUCGAGCAGGAGAUCAACGCCAAGAAGAAGUUCUUUGACACGGAGCUGGAGAACCUGGAGAAACAGCAGAAGCAGCAGGUGGAGAAGAUGGAGCAGGACCACGCCGUGCGCCGCCGGGAGGAGACCAAGCGCAUCCGCCUGGAGCAGGACCGGGACUAUGCCAGGUUCCAGGAGCAACUGAAACUCAUGAAGAAGGAGGUGAAGAACGAGGUGGAGAAGCUGCCGCGGCAGCAGCGGAAGGAGAGCAUGAAGCACAAGAUGGAGGAGCAUGCGCAGAAGAAGCAGCUGCUUGACCGGGACUUUGUCGCCAAGCAGAAGGGGGACCUGGAGCUGGCCAUGAAGAAGCUCACUGCGGACAACAGGCGGGAGAUCUGUGACAAGGAGCGCGAGUGCCUCAACAAGAAGCAGGAGCUCCUUCGAGAGCGCGAGGCAGCCCUGUGGGAGAUGGAGGAGCAGCAGCUGCAGGAGCGGCACCAGCUGGUGAAGCAGCAGCUGAAGGACCAGUACUUCCUGCAGCGGCACGAGCUGUUGCGCAAGCAUGAGAAGGAGCGGGAGCAGAUGCAACGCUACAACCAGCGCAUGGUGGAGCAGCUCAAGGUGCGGCAGCAGCAGGAGAAGGCGCGGCUGCCCAAGAUCCAGCGGAGCGAGGGCAAGACGCGCAUGGCCAUGUACAAGAAGAGCCUGCACAUCAACGGCGGGGGUAGUGCGGCUGAGCAGCGCGAGAAGAUUAAACAGUUCUCCCAGCAGGAGGAGAAGAGGCAGAAGUCGGAGAGGCUGCAGCAGCAGCAGAAGCAUGAGAACCAGAUGCGGGACAUGAUGGCGCAGUGUGACAGCAACAUGAGCGAGCUGCAGCAGCUGCAGAAUGAAAAGUGCCACCUCUUGGUGGAGCAUGAGACCCAGAAGCUGAAGGCAUUGGAUGAGAGCCACAACCAGAACCUGAAGGAAUGGCGAGACCGACUCCGGCCACGCAAAAAGGCUCUGGAGGAGGAUCUGAACCAGAAGAAGCGAGAGCAGGAAAUGUUCUUCAAACUGAACGAGGAGGCUGAGUGCCCGAACCCCACCACGCCCAGCAAGAGCACCAAGUUCUUCCCCUCCAGCUCUGCGGUGGCUUCUUAACUACACCCUUCAUUGCUCUGGGCUGUGUGGGGCACCCUGGGGGUGCCCUGAUCCCACUCUGUGAACAACGGACUCAGGUUCGCCUUUUCUCUUGCUUCCGUGCCAGCUCAAGGCCAGCGCCAAGCCUGCUGCGGAGCACCCGGGCACUUGACUUCUGCACCCAGGCCCUGGUGUGCGUUCUCCCUGAGCCUGGAUCCCUGCGGGCUGCAUGCAGGUGGAGUCGGGGCCUGGAUGCUCUGGGUGCUGGGGAGCCCCCGGCAGGCUGCCUCUGGACACUGCAGCGCUGCCCACGAUGCAGUGUGAUUCUUGCCGGCU